AUGGACCCGACUACCUUGCUGCAGUGCUUCGAAGGCACAUUGAACCAUGAGGCAAGCAUUAGAAACAGCUCCGAAGAGUACUUGAAACAGGCCAGCGCCAUGCAAGGGUUCUUGGGCGCAUGUCUAGACAUCAUAUCACUCGAAGCUGUCCCAGAGAACGUUAAACUGUCGGCGUCUCUAUACUUCAAAAACAAAAUCACCUACGGCUGGAACGAUGAGUACCAAAGUAGAAACGAGAUGUUGAACAACAAGGUCGAUAAUGACGAAAAACCAGUCGUCAAAGCACUGCUCGUAAAGGCGAUGCUAAGUUGCUCAAAACACUCUCCAAACUCGCUCAGAAUCUUGAAGUCCGCCUUGACAGUGAUAGUCAGCGACCAGUACCCGUCGAAGCUUUGGGCCGACCUGCUUCCAAGCUCCACAGAACUGCUUACUCAAGGUGACAUGGAUUCCGCCUAUGUCGGACUCAUCUGUCUCGCCGAAGUAUUCCGAACGUACAGGUGGAAGGAAAACGACGCCAGGCAAGACCUCGAGGGUCUCGUCUUGCAGUACUUCCCAAGCUUGUUGCAGUUCGCAGAGUCAAACUUGUUCCAAGACGGCGCAAACAUGAAUGAUCCAAAAAUUGGUGAAAUGGUAAAAUUGAUCUUGCAAAGUUACAAGUUCGUCACUUAUUAUGACUUGCCGUUCACUUUGCAACGUGCUGACUCCUUCAUCCCAUGGGCAAAUUUCUUCGUUAAGAUCAUCCAACAACCUUUAUCACAAGAAUUCCUCUCAAAGACACACCAAAACGAAAGAAGUAAUAACAGUUGGGUCAAGUGUAAAAAAUGGUCAUACGCAAACUUAUACAGGCUCUUUCAAAGAUACGCUUCCAUUACAUUGACUAGAAAAUUCGAAUAUGAAGAGUUUAGAAAUCUUUACAUCAAACAGUUUUUACCUCAGUUAUUGCAAUUGUUGUUCCAGCAGAUUGAAGAAUGGGGUCAAAAUAACUUAUGGCUAAGUGACGAAUCUAUCCAUUACAUUUUAAGUUUCAUCGAACAGACCAUUGUUCAAAAACCAACUUGGCCACUUGUAAAGGACCAUUACCCAACUAUUUUACAACACGUCAUUUUCCCAUUAUUAUGUCCAACUGAGGAAACGUUAGAUACAUUUGAAAACGACCCACAGGAAUACAUUCACAGGAACUUGGAACUCUGGGACGAUAGUUACUCUCCAGAUUUGUCUGCUGUGUCUCUGUUAACAACGACAGUGAACAAACGUAGUAAAGCCACUCUACAACCAACUUUAGAAUUUGUUAUUCGAAAUCUACAAAUGAACGCAACUGAUAUCCAAACUAUGCCUCUAGAAAAUGCAGUCAAAAUUGAAUCUGCUCUAAGAAUUUUCUCAAGCAUCGUCGAUAGAUUGACCCUUAAGAAUUCCCCAUAUUUAAAUGAGAUUGAAGGUUUUUUAAACGUAUAUGUCUUCUCGUAUUUUACUUCACCACAUGGCUUUUUAAGAACACGUACUUGUGAAAUCAGCUCAAAACUAGGCAUGAUUGAUUUUAAAGAUGAAACUAUUCUUCCAAAAAUCUACCAUGGUGUUUUAAGCUGUUUAAAUGAAGAGUCCGAUAGUUUGCCAGUGAAGUUAUUGGCAGCAUUAGCUAUACAGGCUUUCAUUCAUAAUCCACAAUUCCAAGAAUCAUUAUCAACUAUUGUAGUACCGACUAUGCAAAGCUUAUUGUCCUUAUCCAAUGAGUUCGAAUCUAACGAUAUUUCAGGUGUUAUGCAAGAUUUCGUUGAACAGUUUGCUGAACAACUUCAGCCAUUUGGUGUUGAACUAAUGAAUACUUUGGUUCAGCAAUUCUUGAAAAUUGCAAUCGAACUGCACGAUGCCUCAAAUAUCGAUCCAAACAGCAUAAUGAAUGGUGAUGUUCCAGAUGAAGGUGAUAAACAAAUGGCUGCAAUGGGUAUUCUUUCUACUACAAUCUCCAUUUUAUUAUCCUUUGAAACCUCACCAGAAAUUGUCAAAAAUUUAGAACAAUCAUUCUAUCCUGCUGCUGAGUUCAUUUUAAAGAAUGAUAUUGAGGAUUUUUACCGUGAAUGUUGUGAAUUCGUUGAGAACUCUACUUUCUUAUUGAGAAGUGUGACUCCAAUCUCUUGGAAAAUAUUAGAAUGGAUUGGAGAAUGUAACGAAAAGGAGGAUAGUAUGGUUUCAUUCUAUUUAGAAGAUUUUAUGUUGGUUAUUAAUAACUACUUACUUUACGGUAAGGAUGAACUACAAAAAAAUAACUUCUAUGCCAAAAUUUUAAUUGAAAUUUAUAAGAAAGCCAUUUCAAAUUCAGAAGAGAAUACAUUAGAUGAGAUGAACGUUAUUUUUGAUUUUUCUCAAAAAAUGGUUUUAACAUUUGACACAAGCUUAUCAGAUAUAUUAAGACAACAGUUCUUGGAAGAUGCAACAAACUCUAUUAUUGUAGAAAGAUUAAACAUUAAAAAACAAGUAGUAUUCGGUGUUACCUCUUUCAAUGUUAUCGUGGCUAAUUUAGUCAUAACACCUGAGGUUACUUUACAAUUUUUAAAGCAUAAAAACAUACUAGAAUAUUUCUUUGAAAUUUGGUUGACUUUCUAUAUUCCAAACUACAAGAGAGUUUAUGAUAUCAAACUAUCUGUUUUGGCUCUCUUAAGUAUUGUCACAAAAAUGAAUUCAGAUUCUCUGAUUAAUCUGGGUCUCCAAAAUGUUUUCUCAAAAAUGGGAAGUUUGUUAAUACAAUUAUUUGCAAAAUACCCAAGUGCGUUGAAGUCGUUAGAGGAAAAGCGUAAAGAAUUCACUUCAGACUCAUUCAACGCGUCAGAAUUUGCAGAUUGGGGAGAAGAUUUCGCAGCAGAUGGAAACGAAGAUGAUGAAGAUGACGCAGUUAUCAACGAGUACAUGAGCCAACUGAAAAGCGGAGGUAUGAACUUUGUUUCUGAGGAUGGGUUUGAUGAUGAUGGGUUUGACGACUUAGAGGAAGACCCAUUGGUUGGUUCUAUUCUUGAUCCAAUCAACUUGUACGAUUCAUUCAAGCACUCCAUAAGCUCGCUCCAACAAACGGACGAGUCCAAAUACAAUGCAUUUGUACAAACUCUAUCCACUGAUGACCAGAGUUCCAUGACUCAAUUGUUAGCAUUAUAA